CAAAGGAAGAGAAAUCAAAUCCAAUUACACUGACCAUCUUGAUGGAUCACAAUCAAGUUUCCAAGCAAAAACUUUGGAUGGAUGUGAUAUUGUGAUAAAGUUUACUCACAAAUACAACGAGUCAGCUCAUCAGUUGUGUGCUCACAGUGGAUAUGCACCAGAACUUUUACAUGUUGAAAGAAAUAUUAUUCCUACAUGGAUUGUUGUCAUAAUGACCUAUAUAGAAGAUGCAGUGCAAUUGAAAGUGACAAAUCUUUCCCAGGAAGAUUAUAAAGAAGUGAUGGAGACUGUGGAUAAAGCAAUUCAGCUUCUCCAUGAUCAUAAUUAUGUCUUUGGUGAUUUACGAAGUAAGAACAUACUUGUUGGCAGGAUGCAAACAGCCUUUCUCAUAGAUUUCGAUUGGGUGGGACAACACGGAAACGAUGUUUAUCCAUCUUUUAUGAAUCAUAUGGACAUUCAAUAG